UGAUUGCUAAUACUCACAAUCAUCACGGUAUACUUCCGUAUAAGGCCUUCUAGGCUGCGUGCGUGAAAUGUAUAAAGGCGCAUAUCACCCCGUCGCCCAUGAAGUCGAAAGCAAGCCCCAGUCUUGGUUUCUUAUUACGUCUUCAACUCUAUCCUAUUGACAUAUCUUCCAAUCAUAAUCUCUUCCUCGCUACGACAGCUCAGUUCAGUUCACCCCUCGACACUCGUGAGACGUGACAAACAGUAUGGCCUCAUCAAUCAAGAAAGUCGCCAUACUUGGGGCAGGUGGUAACAUAGGCAAGCAUGUGCUUGCAGCUCUCGUGAAGCAGUCUUUCGAUGUUACCGUUGUCUCCAGACCCACUUCAACCUCCACAUUCCCGUCACAUAUUCACGUUGUAAAGACUGAAUACACUCCAUCCGAGCUAGAGAAAGCUUUCGUAGGCCAAGAUGCAGUCGUCAGUUUGGUUAGUGGCGACGGUUUCGCCGACCAAGUGAAAAUUGUUGAUGCAGCCAUCGCCGCCGGUGUUAAAAGAUUCAUCCCCAGCGAUUUCGGCUCAGACACCACGAAUCCGAAAGCUGUGGAGGCCGUACCCAUUUUCCAUCACAAGCGCCAGGUCGUCCAGUACCUCGAGAGCAAGGAGGACCAGAUAUCGUGGACCGCCAUCGUGACUGGCUUCUUCAUUGACUUUUGCCUUGCCUAUAAAUUAAUUCCCAUUGACGCUGGCAACAAGACAGCUGUCAUAUCUGACGGUGGUGACGUACCUUUCUCGGGCACCACCUCAGAAAAUGUUGGUCUCGCGACCGCAAGGGUCCUCGAGAAGGAAAGUGAGACGAAGAAUAAAUAUGUCUUCGUGUCAUCUUUGACUACGACUCUGAACGAGCUUGUGGCUGUAUACGAAAAGACUACUGGCUCUAAAUUCAGCGUUACCCACGAGAGCACCGAAGAGGUGACAAAGACGAACUUGCAGAAGUUACAACAGGGCGACUUCAGCGCCAUUGGUCCUCUGAUCCUAGCUUCUGCGUUCAGGAAGGAAGCUUGGGGUGAUCUGAGAACGCUUGGAAGUGAGUCGUGGAAUGAGAGACUUGGACUACCAGCUGUGGAUGUUGAGGAUGUUGUGAAGGCUGUCGUCUCCGCAAAAUGAUUCCGGAACAAUCGUACACCAAACGAGGUACUGGAACCGGAAUGUCAGAAAGCAUGUGUACAGAGUUCAAUUCAAAACUGCACGAGCUCAUUAUCAUCACAUGCGCAUGCAUCCAUUCACAGACAUCGCAUUUCUCAAUAGCCAGCCCAACCCACGCCGCACCAUUUCUCUCAUGCAUGCAGCCACACUAACACGAUCCAGCGCUCGCUGUACUAUCUAUUUUCGUAAUAUCGUCCCCACAGCUCAGCUCACGUCUCACAAAGUGUCACAAACCAAAACCCUCUCAGCUGGUCGAUCGCCCCACAUCCUCGGCCGCACCCGAGUCCAGAUCUUCCAGGCACAAGUAUCACCACCAACACCAUUCAUCUAUGUAACUACAAACAUUCCUAAAACAACAAGAACAGCUCUAUACAGCCCG